AUGCAGAAACUCACUCGUGAGCAAAAUGCUGCCAACUCAAACCUAUAUGUGGUGCAAUGGCAGUGGGGCCUACACCCUGAAGGCGAAAGUAUGACCGAAUGGCAAACAGUCACUGUGAGAAACAAGCCAUACGCUAUUUUGAAACAUUUACUUUCACCCGGACGGUAUUACCAGUUUCGAGUUGGAGCAGUGAGUGUACAUGGAAGUUUGGGUUUCAGCCAGCCAUCACCACCAUUCAAACUCUCUAAAGGUAGAUAGGA